CGCUGUACUACUGUCAAGUCCACAGCCAUGGACGGAUCAAACGAAAUAUUAACGCCAGAUAAUUUCUUUCGGGGCCCUGAAAUGUCAGGUGCAUAUAUCAAACUUCGACCUGACUAUCCGCCUGAGCUAGCGCAGUAUAUUAUUGAUUUCUUGAGCAAAACACCUGGUCCUCGCAACUUUCUCGUUGAUGUCGGAUGUGGUUCAGGACAAAGUACUUUGAUGAUGUUAUCAUAUUUUGAACGUUUACUUGGCGUAGACCUCAGUCCCGACCAGAUUAAAUGUGCUAAGCAAAGUGAAUUUCCUGAUAAUGUAGAUUUCACGGUUGGUAGUUGUGGAAACAUUCCCGUGGAAUCCGGUACAGUCGACCUCAUUACAGCAGGAACGGCAAUCCACUGGUUUGACCUAGAUGAAUUCUUUCCAGAAGUUGAAAGAGUUCUUCGUCCUGGUGGUUGCUUAGCAAUUUAUAGUUACCUGGAAACUGAUAUCGAAUGUGAUGAUGCAGAGAAAACUCAGGAAUUGAAGAGGAUUCUACGAAAGGUGGAGGAUGACAUUCUAGAGAACAAUAGACCAGACCAGUGGGGUGUUUCUUGGGAAGUUCUCAAGAGCCGAUUCAAGGAUCUGCGUUUACCCUUUGAAGAGAGUCAGAGAGGGACUAUGUUUUCCAUCAAGAAGUCCACCUCUGUUGCGAAAUUUGUGCAACUGGUGAAAACAUAUUCUGAAAGCAAGGAAUUCAUGAGAAGAAAUUCCGAGUUUGCCAAACAAACAUUUGACCAAUUACAGAAAGACCUGAUGUCGGUUGUAGGAAACGGUAAACCGCCGGAAGACGCGUGUAUCACGUACAUUUUGCCCGUGUUUACGGCACUUGCCAGGAAACCUCUCGCAUAA